ACAGUUACAGCGCCAAGCCAGGCCCGGAGAGGGAGGGCCCGGGUAGGCAGCUGCUGGGGCGCAGCUCCUGAGGGUGUUUUGGGGUGCAGCUGGUCUCUGCGGCUGCUUGGGUGUCAGAGGAACAGGGGUCCUGCUCACCCACAGACCCUCAGGCCAGGGAGGGAGCACCCCGGCGGGCGUUCGCUUCCUCAGGGCCACGCUGUGUGGUCAGGAGCCCGCCGGAAUCUGCCAAAACUCUGCUCCCUCCGCCACCAUAACCUGGCUUUGUCUCUGGUAGUGAGAAAAGAGCUGAUGGCUGAGGCGGCGGCAAGCGAGAAAGGGCUCUCGGCGGAGGAAAAGGACCUCACAUCCCUGGAUCAGGAAGGGGCAGCUGCCCCCUCUGUUUCAGGGGUCUACUUCAUUUGCCCGUUGACCGGUGCAGUUGUAAGGAAGGACAAGAAGGAAAAGCACAUCCGAGAAGCCAUCCAGUCGUAUUUCUCCGUAGACCCGGUGGCUGCCUCGAUCAUGGAGAUUCACACCUUCAAUAAGGACCGGGAGAAAGUACGAGUGGGCGUGGAGACCAUGGCCAAGUACUUGGAUAAUAUCUAUCUCCAUCCAGAGGAGGAGAAGUACCGGAAAAUCAAACUGCAGAACAAAGUGUUUCAGGAAAGGAUAAGCUGCCUGGAAGGGAUACACAGAUUUUUCCAGGCUAUCGGGUUUGAGACAAAAACACUGCCUGUUCCAGGACAAGAGACCACAGAGGAGUACUACGUACUGAAGGAAGAAAUGCUGACCAAGUUGGAAGACCUCAAGGACUACAAAGAGCAGCUUUUAAGCUCUGAGCCCGUCAGAGCCCAGCUGGAUCGCCAGCUCUGUGUGUUUAAACCUUCACCUGAAGCCGCUCGGUUUGAGCUGCCAAAUGACUUUUACAACCUCACUGCAGAAGAGAUCAAACGAGAGCAGCGGCUCCGGACAGAAGCAGUGGAGAAGGCUUCGAUGCUGAGGACGAGAGCCAUGCGAGAGAAAGAAGAACAAAGGGAAAUGCGGAAAUACAGCUACACCCUGGUGCGAGUCCGGUUUCCCGACGGAUACAUCCUCCAAGGGACUUUUUAUGCACGAGAAUCAGUAUCUGCGCUCUACAACUUUGUGAGAGGAGCGCUCAGAGAUGACUGGCUGCCCUUUGAGCUCUUGGGACCCGGAGGUCUCAAACUGACGGAUGAGAACUUGGCCUUCAAUGAAUGCGGGCUGGUGCCCUCAGCCCUCCUGACUCUUGCCUGGGAUGCGGCCGUCAUGGCAGACAUUCAGGCGUCAGGAGAGGAGCAGCCAGCAAGCCCCCUGAAACCAGAACUUCUCUCCAGAGUCCAGACGCUGUCGUGAAAUAAAGGGGAGUGGAUUCA